UGAUAAUUCCGUACCUGUAGAAGUGGUUUUCAGUUUGGUUCAUGAUUUUUCAACGGAUGUCUAUACGUCCUAAGUUGUAGUUUUGUUUCUUGUUGUAGUUCUAUGCCAUAUCUGUAAACUAAGAAAGGAUUUCCAGGUAAACAAGUUCAAGUCUCGUGACCUCUAGGCUUUGCGGUUGCGGAGCACUCUACCACCUCCUUUACAUCGUGCAAUCUUCGGCAUAAGUUCUAUGUGUAGAACCAUUCUCGGCCACGUGCGUUACUGCCGCAUCUCAUCUUCCUGCACAUGAACCUCCAAAAAUUAUUAACCUUGUUUGUUACCGGAUAAAAUAAAAAACAUAAAUCAUGUCCUCAGUCGCUAGCGGUAUCGGUCGGCGCUACAAUGCGGUUUGGCAGCAGACGAUGCUCCGGAUCAAGGAUCCGAAAAUAUCCGUACCAUUUUACGAAAAGCACUUCGGCAUGGAACUGGUACACCAGUACGACUUCCCGCAGUGGAAGUUUUCUCUCUUCUUUUUGGAAAAAAAACACCCAAAAGACCCGCCAGCGGUUGGACCACAGGGACCAGGAAGCCCGCCCCCGACGACGGUAGCGUCAGAAAAGUACCUAUGGGACAUGAACGGGCCAGUGACGUUGGAGCUGACGCACAACCACGGCAGCGAAACUGACACUAAUUUCAAGGUUUGGUCCGGGAAUUCAGGAUCGGAUCUGCCACCGGAGAGCCCCCUGUUCCUGGAAAACGGGCCGGUCCGUGGGUUUGGCCACAUCGCCUUCAACGUGGACGACGUGUAUGCGUUUUCCGAGAAAUUGGAACAGGAGGGCGUAAAAUUUCAAAAAAGACCGAACGAGGGACGGAUGAAGGGGCUGGCGUUCGCCUUGGACCCCGAUGGGUACUGGUUGGAGCUCUGUGCGCGAAGUACGGAAAGCGAGGCAGCGAAGGCGAGGUUCGAGGGCGUAGGCCCGAACUUGAGUCAAACGAUGCUGCGGGUGAAAGGUAUGAAAGCAAGAUAUUUUCUGAAUUCUGGUGUUGCUGGUAUGAAGGCAUUGCUCUGCGUAGAAAGUGCUUGAUAGAAAAACACAUAGCAUAAGCGACAUGCAGUCGCUUCUUUACACCCCCGAACAAAAGCUAAACUAAUCGUUCAGACGCCGACGCCAGCAUUGCUUUCUACACGAACGUGCUGGGCAUGACAGUGGUUCGCAAGAUGGAGAUCCCCAACGACUUCACGAACUACUUUCUCGCUUCGAAGUUCCUGCCCGAGGAGGAGGAGAAGUGGAAGACCGUCUGCAAGGAGGACCCGAACAGCCCGGACGCGCGGGAAUUUGUGAAAUCGCUCUGGUAUCCAGUCCUGGAACUGACACACAACCACGGGACCGAAGCAAAAGAGGACUUCGUGAUCUGCAACGGAAACGGCGGGGACUACCAGGGUUUCGGCCACAUUGGGUUCCUCGUGGACGAUUUAAACAGUUGCUGCCAAGAAAUGGAGGCGGCUGGUGUCAAAUUCCACAAGAAACCCACGGACGGCAACAUGCAACAAAUCGCGUUUGCGCUCGAUCCCAGUGGGUAUCGAGUGGAACUCGUGCAGCGAGGCAGCACGUUCGCUGGUGUAUGUGCCAACUUCUGAAUAGCAGCAUGUUGUGCUGCAAGAUACCUUAUCUUCUUCUUAAAUAGCAAUAGCGCGCUUUGUGAACAGUAGUGAAGAACUCGCACUGGUUAUACUUUCUCCACCGGGACUGUAAGUGUAAUAUCAGAGUCCACGCUAAGCGGCCCAAGGCUGUAGGCUGCUUUAAUGGCUGCGCAGCGUGAGGGUGAGACGAGAGCUGACGCUGAGGUGUUUUAAUUUUCGCAAAGCCGGUUUUACUCACAUCCGCAUUCGAAACAAAAGCAAUCAAAGUGAGCGAGCUUCCAG